AUGAGCAAUCUCAAGGUCGCCGUUUUAAUGAAUGGCUUCACAUCACCCAACACGCCGAUGAUACGCGACUCCUUCAUAUCUGCUCUCGAAGCUGCUGCAUCUUCGAUCGAUAGCUUCGAAACUCCGACAAUAGAUUUCUACGACCCCAUCGUUGCACAGAUCCAUCCUGAUCUAAGUGCCUACGACCUGAUCGUCCUCUCUGGAGGAACCGUAGAUCCAAUGGGCUCUGAUCCAUGGGUAUUGAAAUUGCAGACGUACCUAAACACAACAGUCGCCGAGCAUCCGAAGCAGAAGAUCGUCGGAAUAUGCUGGGGACAUCAAACGACAUCUGUCUCCUUCGGCGGGAAGGUUGGGAAUAUGGAUGGGCCGGAAAUUGGAGUACAUCAAAUUACUCUCACACCCGAAGGAAAGAAGAUGUUUCCAUUCGCACAAGAUGGGAAGUUGAACAUACACGAGUUCCAUCGAAGGGAAAUCAAGAGUCCUGCAAAGGGAUUCGUGCCGUUGGCGGAAGGGAGCCAGAGUUUUAUCAACGAGGCCAAUACCAUAAUAACGUUUCAAGGCCAUCCAGAAUUGAAUGCUGCUUUGGCGAAGAACUUCGUGGAAACCACACCUGCUUAUAUGGGAUUGGAUGAUGAGAAGAAGGCAGGGUUGGUUGCGAGUGCGGGCUUGGAGCAUGAUGGAGUAAAGAUAUGGGAGAGGAUCCUAAGGUGGGUCAAAGAGUGA